CGCUCGGCGGCACCGUCGGCUUUUACGUCAUCGCGGGCGCGACGCCCCGAGGGACAGUCUGAGGUCCGGCUCGGCGGGGAGGUUCGGUGGCGGGACCGGCCGGGAAAAUGCCAGUGGCGGUGAUGGCGGAAAGUUCCUUUAGUUUCAGAAAGUUGCUGGAUCAGUGCGAGAACCAGGAGCUCGAGGCUCCAGGAGGAAUUGCUACACCCCCAGUGUAUGGUCAGCUUCUAGCUUUAUAUCUACUUUAUAAUGACAUGAAUAAUGCAAGAUAUCUUUGGAAAAGAAUACCACCUGCUAUAAAAUCUGCAAAUUCUGAACUUGGGGGAAUUUGGUCGGUAGGACAAAGAAUCUGGCAGAGAGAUUUCCCCGGGAUCUAUACCACCAUCAGCGCUCACCCGUGGUCUGAGACGGUCCAGCCAAUCAUGGAGGCACUUAGAGAUGCCACCCGGAGGCGAGCCUUCGCCCUGGUCUCUCAGGCAUAUACCUCCAUCAUCGCCGACGAUUUCGCAGCCUUUGUUGGACUUCCCGUGGAAGAGGCUGUGAAAGGUAUCCUAGAACAAGGAUGGCAGGCCGACUCCACCACAAGGAUGGUCAUGCCCAAAAAGCCAGUUGCAGGGGCCCUGGAUGUUUCCUUUAACAGGUUUAUUCCCUUUUCAGAGCCUGCCCCUGUUCCACCUAUCCCCAAUGAACAGCAGUUAGCCAGACUCACCGAUUAUGUGGCUUUCCUCGAAAACUGACUUAUCAUUCUGAGUUCAAGAUCCACCUUCAGCAUCCUGAAUACUGACAGAAAAAUGUAAAAUUUUUAUUUUCAACUUUAUUGGGUGGAUUAAGCACCUCAGCAUUCCUUACUGAGUAUGUGAUAAAAUACGUAUAUAAUAUAAAGUAUAUUAUAUAUAUUUUGUCCUUGAACAUGCUGAAUGGUUGUUGAAACAAUUCUCAUUUUGUAACAUUGGACAGUUUGGAUGGAGCCCGUCAGCGUUAGGCAGUCCGUUUAUACUUCCUAGUGACUCGUAAAAGACAGCUCUCCUGCCUCAUGUAGAACCGUGGUUGUCAGCUGUUUCUUCUGCCCCAGCACACCGCACACUCCCAUCUCUACCACAGGUUGAUAGUUACAGUGAUGCAUCUGGGGUUUGAGGAGGACUGUCCCCAGGGGCAGUAUCUGAAGUGCUGGGGACUCUAAUUCACCCCCUUUGGAGAAUAUGCUCUUUUCCUCUCCCCUCCUGAGAAUCACACAUAUAAAAUGCUGAGACAGAGCUGAGGAACAGAGACCAUCUCCCUAGUAAACCAGCUUGUUAACUUUAGGUUUUUUUCUGAGAGUGUGAGUGCAUCCAUUGCUGGCAGUGGAGGGCUUGCCGUGAACCUGCGACGUAUUAAAGACAUUCAUGAGAAGUACUAAGUUGUCAUAUUUCCUUUCAGAAGAAGGGAAACGUGAGUGUGGGAGGCUCUGUUUGGGGAAGAAGCGAUUAAGUGAUACACUGUGUACCACUGUCCUGCAGCCCCUUGGUUGCUCCUAUUUGGCCAUUGGGUCAAGUUCUGCCCUUUGGAGAAAUACCGAACAAGUCUUUCAUUGUUUGUGUGACAGCCCUCUGAAUAUUUGAAGUUGUUUCUUGUAUCUCCAGGUUAAAACCACCCCCUAGUUCAUUUAUUCUGCAUUUGUUCAAUAAAUAUUUCAUUGAAUUUUUCAACUGUUUUUUCGAAGGUAGUUUCUAGAAGUUUCACUAUCCUGUCUUCCUGUGGAUGUGUUCUAGUUCGU